AUGAAGUGUGCCAUUUGCGUAAACUCAAGAAUAGAAACCGACGCAGCCCGUGACAUAAGUUACUGUACAUCGUGUGGUCUGGUAAUUGAAGAAAGCACAAUUGUGUCUGAUGUGCAAUUUGCACAGGACACAAAGGGCUCUUCUAUUUUGCAAGGCCAGUACGUCUCUACCGGCGACACAAAAAAACUUGUUUCGGGUAAGUUCAUUACAACAAAUCACAUAACAACGAUUCGGGGCAUAGCCAAGUCGAUUGGCGAGGCACUGGGAAUUGGUGAGUCACAGAUAAACUCUGCAAUGCGGUGGUACAAUCUGUCGCUGCAGUUUAACUUUACAAAAGGGAGAAAGACGCAAGUACUUUUAGCGGCCUGUCUGUACAUUACAUGUAGAGAGGAAGAGACUCCGCACAUGCUUGUUGACUUUGCAUACAUUCUUCGUAUAAAUGUGUUUAAAAUCGGCAGUAUCUUCUUAAAGCUAAUAAGACUACUUAACAUUACUAUGCCAUUAGUUGAUCCGUCUCUAUUUGUUCCUCGUUUCUGUAGUAAGUUAAACUUAAAUAAUCAAAAUGUUGGGAAGACUGCAUUGCGUCUUAUAGCAAGAAUGGACAGAGACUGGAUUGUAAUCGGGAGAAAACCAGCUGGUAUUUGUGGUGCAGCCAUUCUUAUAUCAAGCAGGAUACACGGCACAGAAAGAACAGUAGAGGAAGUUGCUAAUGUAGUAAAAGUAUGCGAGGCAACUAUUAAUAAGCGGCUUAUGGAGCUAAAAGAAACAGCAACAGCAAAUCUUUCAAUUAGCGAGUUUAAUACAAUUUGGCUGGAGAAAGAAGAAGACCCGCCCAUUGUUAAAUUACGUGGCAAAAUACUUAAUGAAUCUUUCUGUAAUAGAAUAGGCCAUAGUGAGCCCAAUGCCGCAGAUACUGUCAUAAAUACCCCAAAACUUCCUACUGUAUCCAAUCAAAACAGUUCACUCUCAAUGAACAUUUCUGAGAAAGAUAUUUCAAAUGAAAAGACUAAAGAAUGGCCAAGUGACAGCGAUGAGAGUUACAUUGCUACACCUAGUUCUCUACCAACUCCUUCACAAGCUCUUUUAAGCAGCACAGCAGACACAUCUGCAGAGACUUAUAACUAUAAUAAUGAAUACGAAAGUGAUCUGUCCGACUGUGGAAUAGAAGUGGAGAACGACCUUCUUCUGAGUAAAGAAGAGGUUAAAGAGAAGGAAAGGAUCUGGAAUGUAAUGUAUGGAGACUUUCUUAUAGAAAGAAAGAAGAAGGAGGUGAAGGAAAGAAAAAGGAGAAAAAGGACAAGAAAAAGAAAAGGAGAGAGAGAAGAUACCACUGCAAGAUGCAGUUGA